AUGGCCUUUGACACACACACUUAUCACAUCGAACACUCCUCCGCUCACGGCUAUGCUGCAUCCCCACACUUCUCAAAUGCAAGGAUGUGGCAGCAUUCAUCUACAGGUCUAGAGGUUGUCAACGAAUCAGAUCUAUCACCCUUCAUAGCUACCAUUGUUGGGCGUGUAUCUCCAUACUGCCUGAAAUGUACCCCCUCUGGCAACCAUUUCACAGGCGCGGAUCAUGAGUUAUCAGUGGAUUAUCUGGCUAGAGUCCGUAAUCUGGAAAUAUUGCAAGCGGAAGUCGGUAAAACGGGCAACCACAAAAACAUGGUGAUUGAUGACUACACUGGUAAAAUGAUUCGCUUCAUAAAAAACAUAUUCACUGUUUGUGACCGCACAAUUCCAGACUCUCCUCACGGAGAGGCUGCAGAGAACGCCCCAAAGAUGGAUGAUGAAACAAAAAAUUGGCUGAUUCCGGAUGAGUUCGCACACAACUUUGACGGAUUGAAGUAUAGCAUGGCGGCUGAGCCGUUGCCUCUCUACCAUGAAGGUCACUUGGUAGAGCCAAGACACGCCAACCAGAUCAUAAACGGCACAAUCAUGGAGGUACAAUUCAGCAUUCAGCACUGGUGCAUCACAGACUUCAAUAGCUUCCAAGCCACUGCACAAAAGGUGACAGUUUUGAGGCUCGGGCCCAUUCACAUUCCAUCUAACUACAAACAUGCCAACCCGGAGGCUGAUCUUGAUGAACAGCCUAAGAUGAAGAAACUGCGAUAUAAUGCAGAGGCUGGUUCAUCAAAGGAUGGAUAA